CGUGCAUGGGGCCACCAACAACACGUUAUAACUUCAUAAGCUAUAACGUCUUGACAACGGCGGGAUAUUCGACAAAUUGCAGACAGGUAGUGCCUCAACAAUGGAACUUUGCUCCAUAGAGCUCAAGAUUAUUUCCUGCAAAGACCUUAAAAACUUCAACUUUUUCCAGAAACUCACGAUAUACACACUCGUCUACAUUCAUAGUAUCCACCCCGAGAGAAAAUUGGAUGAGAAACAGGCGCAGGAACAGAAAACCCAUACAGAUAGGGAAGGGAAUGAAAAUCCCGAAUGGAAUGAAGUAAUGAAAUUUUAUCUGGGUUGGGUUUCGCUUCAUGAUUGCGACGACCUCUUCCUCCAUUUCGAAUUCCGCCAUGACGGACUCAUAAUUGGAGACAAGCUCAUCGGAGAGGUCCGCGUGCCUCUCAAGGAUCUGAUCCUAGAAGCUGGCAAUGCUCCAGGCGUGGUUCGAUUCCUGAAUUAUGAGAUUCGCAAUGGUGAAGGCAAGCCCAACGGAAUUUUUAAUUUCUCUUGCAGACUGAUUGACAAGAAGGGAGCGGAGAAUCGCAUUUCGUCGGAAAAUGUUGAAGGUAAAAUCACCGGGUACCCUCUUCUGGAUCCAGCUCUCACAGAUCACUAUCCUCCGAAUGAGUCACGCAUGCAGACUUCCACUUUGGAGAUCCAAAGCAUAUCUAGUGGUGAUAGAAUCAGCUAUCCGAUAGUGACGUUACCAGCGGAUCCCAUCGACGGCGGCCACAAUUCUCCAUCUGCGCCACCGCUUGUUUCUUCGGCGUCGGCCGCGGAUUAUCAUUACCACUACUCACCUAUCUCGCCCCAGUAUCCACCUCCGUCAGCAGGACUAUUUAUGCCGCCGCCGCCGCCGCAGCUGCCGCCCCCCUUCCCAAUGCAUUACCCAUAUCCUCCUCCCCCUCCCCCUCCGCCUCCGCAUAUGGAAGCCUAUGGACCGCAUUUCUACGAGCCGGUUAGGCCCGAAGCCCAUGGAUGGGCAUCACACCCAAAUUUUCAACAUUCUUGGGGUCCGAGGUGGUGACUGGUGACUGACUUCUGAAUACUGAUAUUGAUGCGCCUAUGUCUCUGUCUCUGGUGAUUAGGAUGUCGCUGCUUUGUUUUGAACCGAUGCUCUUGGAUUUUUCCCCUCUCAAUUUUGUUCUGUAAGCCGGGUAGCUUUGUGUACUUGUGUGUAUUAGUUUGAUAAUUCUUAUUCAGAUUGUGAGUAUAUUCACUGGUUUUGACA